GUGCAGGUUAUGACAUCCUAUCUUUGUUCCUUACUUAUUACUACCUCGAGGCAAUCUCCGCCGGCACCGCAAGCGUGCAUACGCAGCAAGAGAUUCUCGUGACUGUCCGUAGGCUUCUAGCUGCCCGUGACAAAGACGGAGGGCCCUGGGCGGCGGUCAGCCACCUACCUGCUUGUAUUAGAACACCUCUAUCCACCCGCUGAACUCCAGAGCACACUACCACGACCAAGUAACGACGUCCUAUAUGACUAAAAUCUUCUAUAUAUUCGCUCUGGGGUCGAUACCGGUGUCUCUGGCACGGACGUUCACGGUAGCAAACAAUUGCUCGUACACCGUAUGGCCAGCUAUAUUCACCGGCUCUUCCGGAGCUGCGCCAGACCAACCGACUGGGUGGGAGGCUCAACCUCAUACUUCCGUGAGCUUUUCGGUGCCCAACGACUGGGAUUCCGGACGUAUCUGGGGCAGGCUCGCGUGCGACUUCAGUAACAGCAGCACCGGCCAGACCUGCCUUUCCGGCUCAUGCAGUGGAGGAUUGAAAUGUACUGCUCCGGGCAACACCCCCGCGAGUCUGGCUGAAUGGACCUUGAGUGCAGGUAGCUCGGACUUUUAUGACGUCUCUCUCGUUGAUGGGUUCAACGUGCCCCUCGCGAUCACCAACAACGUCGGCUGUUCGGUGGCUAGCUGUCCAGUAGAUCUCGACGCAAUUUGCCCCAACUCCCUAAAGGGACCAACGAAUUCUUCGGGCACGGUCCUCGGCUGCAUGAGUGCUUGCGACGCUAACCUCAGUGGGAACCCAAGCGACUCGCCCAAUUGCUGUUCUGGGAGCUAUGGCACCGCCGCAACCUGUCCACCAUCCGGGGUCGACUACUACAGUUUCUUCAAGAGUAACUGUCCCGAUGCGUACGCGUAUGCCUACGACGAGUCGAGCGGGUCCGCUUUGUGGACGUGCGAUGCAUCGAAGAACGCUGAUUACACGCUGACGUUCUGCCCAGCGAGCGACGUCUCGAACAGUACGACGUCCGGGUCCGGUUCUGCUGGCUCAGGUGCAUCCGCGACGGGAACGUCGGGAGCCGCGGGCGCGACUGCGUCGCCCACCGCAGCCCAGUUGGCUCCAGCGAAGUGCAGCUUGAGGCCGACGGGAGCUGCCCAGCAGCCUAUUUAUAUCAGCACGUUCCGUAGCGUCAUGCGGAAGGUGCUGAGUGCGUUCUAGACCCGCGCAUUCGAUAUAUAUUAUCAUAUAGCUCGAGGAACGGAUGUAAUGAUACGCAGAUCUGUAUGAACAGCUGUAU